AUGGCGCAACCUCAGCCUCAGAUGCCACAGAGGGCAUUCUCGCCUCCUCAACCCUCACCCUCUCCUGCUGCGACGCAAGCUGGCUUUGCGCCUCCGCCUAAUAAAAGACCCCGACUUUCACCUGGCGCAACCCCCCAACCCGAAUCGCCGUAUUCUACUUCGCCUUAUGCACCAAGCCCAGGCGCCCCGGCUACUCCUUCCACGGCCACGACGUCCGCGGGAUCUCCUAUCUAUCCGAGCGCUCAACAGCAGCAGCAGCAGCAGCAAGCUGCGACGCCGACCUACACGGGACCAUACCAAUACACAAACGGCAAUACGACUCCGUCUCUUGCUCUGCCAUCAGCUCCCACUCCUCCGCCUUCAGUGUCAACACCGCAGCCGCCAGCGCCGCCCACUCUACCGCAAUACACCUCAGCAACUCUGGCCCUCGGAACCAUUAACACACCUGGCACGCCCAUCAUGCAGCAGCCUUCGACUCCAGGAGCGAUGGGUCCGCCCUCGAGACCUCCCGACCGACCACAGAAGGAGUACGAGUACGACGUCACGGACUCGUUGGCAGGCACGGGCAUCGAUCUACGAGCUGAGGAGCAAUUCCUGUCCGAACUGUACGUCCCGGAAUCGAGAACAGGCUUCGCUCCCUACCCCCAAGGCAGCAAGGGAAGCUUUUACGGCGCGGGCCCAGCGAACCAGCCUGCUCAGCCGGCCAGCACCGACACUCAGAAUCAGUUGGUAGCACAAGCGGCGGAGAAGGCAUGGCAGGAGUCCGCAAAGCGGCUGGCUCAGACCAGGACUAUAGAGUUGAACAAUGCUUUCUUGCAAGUUCCCGUUGUCUAUCGAAAAGCCGAAAAGUUUGCGAGAGACCAAGGCUUGUCGCUCAACCUCGAGAUCAAAAAUAGCAAUCAGCCCAUGGGAAGGAUGCGUCUGCCUGAAGAGUUUCCCGCGCCUAAUGUGACGGUUACCACGAAGAAAGGACCGGACUCGACCUUGGUGACGACGGUGGGAACCUGGAUACCUCAAGAGGCUUUCUUGGUCGACCAGUUGGCACUGCUUUCACUGGCUACUAAGCAACGGCUCAGAACACUAAUGGAGGACUCUCACCGAAUCGCAAAAAAUCGCCAGACUUCGUCGCAUGGCGAGGUCCCUGAGGAAUGGCAGAUAGCUGCGGCACCGCUGAAAAGCGCCGCGGAGACGCAGACAGAGGAUGGAACGCAGCAGACAGGGACUGAGAAUGGCGCCAGUCCUCGCCCAAGCGCUCAGAAACGUCCUCUCGAAGAUGCCAGUUCCAGCCAGGCGAGCAAGGUUCAAAAGGUCUCUGCUACGAAUACCAUGAGUCACACAGUCCGCGAAGUGGGCAAGGCCGAGCGAGACUGGGAGGAGAGAAGACUACGGAAGCGCAACGCCCGGAAGGAUGGAACCGCAGAGGUCGCAUCGGCGCCAUCCCGUGCGGGCUCUGUCGCGCCUGGUACUCCUGGCGGUUCGGCGCCGGAUUCGGAGAAGGCCAUCUCGAAGAAGGAGCAGAAGAAACUCGAUGCUGUGAAGAAGGCAGAGGCUAGCAGCCAUGCCAAUCAGAACAUCACGAGUAGCAUGUUCGUCGGUAUGCCCAAGACAGGAUCGCUUUUCGGAAAGAAGAAAGGCGGUAAAUCUUACUCAUGGAUGACUGGCGGUGCCAGCGGUGCCAGCACGCCGAGACUUGGUACGCCCGGAAAAGCGGGUGCCGCAGCCGCCUCGGGUCCUCCGGCACCUGCCAACCACGCGCUUACCGUCGAGGGACGCGCACGACUCGGCAAUUGGCGCGAGGAUAAAGAAAAGGGCAAAGGGAUCCAAGUUCGAGACUGGGUGGCAGCCCUGGAAGGCGACGAAAUCGAACUGAGGGCUAUGCAGGCAGCUUACGAUAAGCUGGACACGUCGGAACCCAAGUAG